UCCAGAAAUUCAUGCGUGUUUUUUGUUUACAUACUACCGGAAUUGUUUGGGCUUAACACUCGGUCACUUAGUUGAUAUUUUUAUUUAUAUUUCAAAAGUUUUAAUUAAUUAAAGACAAUAUUAAAAAUGAGUAAAUUAAAAUCAAGUAGUUCUUCGGAAGAUUUAUUGGAACACAAUUACUUAGCGGCGUUUCAGGAGCUGAAAUUUUCAAAGUCUGAAAAAAAUAAUUCUGAUAAAGAUCGCAAGUGCAUGGCAUUGAAAUAUCACAUCGCUAAAAAAAGCUCCGACGAAUUGGCGCUACGUCUUUUAUCGCACGAUCUAGACAACUACAUUUCUGAAAUGGAAGUCGACAAAGAUCAUCAAUCCCGAAGUUCUAAACUUACAAAAAAAGCCUUGAUUUCAUCAUCAAUAACUAACUCCGACAUUCUUUCUUUAAUCAAACCACUACCGUGUCAAAAAGACGCUUCUGCGUCCUGCAAAUCAAUUUUGCCAAACGAUUGUGACGUAAAUAACAUAAUCGGCUACUGGAACGGUAAAACAGAGUCUCCACGUCGUCGAAAAAUGCCUCAAUUUUCCGCGAAUCCAGGCAGUAGUAGUCCUUUACACAAACAAACUUCCAACUUAGCAAACUCAGCUUCCGGCUUCUCAAAUUCAGCUAUCGCUCCAUCUAGAUCAACGUCAUUUCCUUCAGAAGCCACUCAAGAAUUCAAUUUACUAAAGCGCCAAGAAAAACGUUCGCAUUUUGAUAAUUUGUACAAAAAAUACAAUCGUAACAACGACGAUGACGAAGAAGAUCUUCCUAAAUCGUUGACCGGCAAUAAAGAUACUCGCAAAAUGGAACCCUUUAGAAACGCGCGUCAGAUUAAAGUUCAAGAGCAGCAAAAAGCGAACAAAUCAAAGUAUCAGGGAAAGACUCUUGGUGGUAAGACUGGUGCCAGCAAAGGAUUUGUCAAUGUGUUUAGCAAACCUGAUACAGAAGAUAAACCUGAACAAUCUGAUCGCCCUGAUAGUCAAGAAGAUAUAGACUGUGAAGAUGAACGUCUGAAGAAUAUUGAUCCCAAGAUGAUUGAAUUGAUACGCAAUGAAAUCAUGGACUCGGGUUCCUUUGUCACGUGGGAUGAUGUUGCAGGUCUGGAGAAGGCCAAAGAUAUCAUUAAGGAAGCUGUGGUUUUACCGAUGCUGCGUCCUGACAUUUUUACUGGGCUCAGACGUCCUCCAAAGGGAAUUCUGCUUUUCGGGCCACCUGGAACUGGGAAGACACUUAUCGGAAAGUGCAUCGCUUCGCAGAGCAAAUCGACAUUCUUUGCAAUUUCUUCUAGCUCGUUGACGUCAAAAUGGGUCGGAGAAAGCGAAAAAAUGGUGCGCGCGCUGUUCGCAGUUGCACGAGUUUAUCAGCCGUCGGUAAUUUUUAUCGACGAAAUUGACUCCUUGCUAAGUCAACGUUCAGAUACAGAGCAUGAAAGUUCCAGAAGGAUCAAGACUGAGUUUCUGAUUCAUCUAGAUGGAGCUACUACGGGUGAUGAUGAUAAGAUUCUGCUGAUCGGAGCUACUAACAGGCCCCAGGAGCUAGAUGAGGCUGCUAGGAGACGAUUCGUUAAGCGAUUGUAUGUUCCACUGCCGGAAUUGGAAGCAAGAAAGCAGAUUGUCAGGAAUUUGUUAGCCAAUGAGAAACACAGUUUGACGGAAGAAGAUGUUAAGACGGUCGCGGAAAAGGCAGAUCAUUUUUCGGGUGCUGAUAUGACGACAUUGUGCAAAGAAGCAAGCAUGGGUCCGAUUAGAAGCAUUCCUUUUGAUAUGAUGGAGAACAUUAGGAUGGAAGACGUCAGAGGCACCACUAUUGAUGAUUUUUUGGAAGCGUUCAAGAGAGUUAGACCUAGCGUCGCGCAAGGAGAUUUGGUCAAUUAUGUCGUCUGGGAUAGAACUUACGGCAGUGGUACUGCUGAAUAGUUUAUUUGUAUUAAAAUUUAUACUUACAUUUUUGUUUUGAUAGUUUAUAGUUUUUAUUUUCUACUUUUAUAUGUAAUAUUUAUUUAAAUUUUCAAUUUUCUGGAUAAUUUAAUCAAAAAUUUUCCUAUCGUAAGAAGUUGUCUCGGAAGUAUUAAUCAGUAAACUUUUGCUUAUAAUGUAUUGUAACUAAAUAGAAUAUAGAUCGUUACAUUUUGAUAGUUAUGUAUGUACAA